AUGGCAGGCCCGUUUGCGACGGGCCGAGGAGGAGGAGCAGCAGUUGUGGGAGGAACAGGCAUGCCCACCCACUCCGAGGUAAGUCGCCGAACCGUGGGUGCCGCCCCAGGAGGUGGCCGACGUUCGGGCUGCCUCUCCGCCGGGCUGGCUGCCGGGCUGGCUGCCGGAGGUGCCGCUUACGCCGCGGAACGAGAGGUCGCCGACGCGACCACCCUCACCGAAAGGCGAGGCGCUCCCUGUCCGGUCGCCACCACCGCCGCAACCGGAUACGCCACCUUCACCGGCGAGGCACGGCGGGGAAUCUCCCCGGUGGAAACCCGCGCGACCACCCACGCCGAGGUUCGAACGGCCGCCGGCGGUAGGAGCGCACCCGCGUCCGGACACGCCGCAAUACCAACCCGGAGACCCGGUGGGACACCACGUCCGAACGGACAUCCCGGCGGCGCACGUGACCCAUAG